AAGCUCAUUCGUGAGAGUAUAACCCUUCCUCUGUUCAGUUUUCCAAUCAUAUUUCCUGUACUGUCCUCGAUAUAUUUCUUCUCAGGAUAUUACUCGUCUUCUUCCUGCAUCUCUUAGGACCAGGCAGCUCCAGGACAGAUCUUCUUGUUGAAAAGUCACAGUGAGGACAUCUGAAGAUGGAAAAAGCGUACCCACCAGAGGAAUCCUCUCCACCGUACCCUGGACCACCAAUGAACUACGGUGGUGUAGCACCUCCGCAAGAAAUGUAUCAUCAGCCGGGAUUCUCACCUGCUGCACCGCCAUUUGUUGCACACCAGACAGUCGCUCACGUGGUCGUGAUACCUGCACUGCAGGACGCCCCAGGACAAGCGGUGUGUCCCCACUGCCACCAGACUGUGGUCACCGUCACAGAGCAAAAACCAGGCCUCAUGACCUGGGCCAUCUGCGGCGGCCUCACCAUCUUUGGAUGUUUUCUUUGCUGCUGCAUCCCGUUCUGCAUUGAUUCCUGCAAAGAUGUGGAGCAUCACUGUCCAUCGUGCAACAAAGUCAUCUACUUAUACAAACGAUUAUAAAACCGCCCUGACUGUGAUCGUGGGACAAGAACUUAGACUACUUUCCCACACAUUAGCUUAUCAGUGGUUUUAGCUGCUUGACAACAUUCCCUUGAUAGUGAGGGAUACAAUAUAAUAUGAAAUGCACUUACUGUGAUUGUAUGCUGACUGUUUAUUUUGCAACAAUAUAUACUUCUUAAUGUGAAUUGUAAUGACGUGUGAUAAGGCAUGGUACUUUAGGGUGAUUUAUAUAUAUGUCAAGCAAAAUGUGUAACAUCUGUGAUUUAUUAUAAAUGUCAACCAUUUACAUCAACAAAUAUGCCAAUAAAAGCAAGCAACAGAAAGGUGUGUGCUGUAGUUUUGAGUUGGCUGCUUGAUGUCUUACAUUUUCACACAUUUAGUGAAUAACGUCUUAUUUCUGUAGAGGCAGGCUCUAAACUCUCAUAAUCAUUUUUUUUCAAAGUAAUAUUCGAGGAGCACUUAUUGUUUGGCAGGACUUGUACGUGAUUUGCUCUGCCCUCUUGCUCCUCCCCAUGGUCUCACACUCGAGGAACAUAAAAAGCAUUGGCAAGAAUAAAAGCCCUUUCUCAAACCACCCCUUACAACCUCUCUCCCUACCCACUCCCACUCCAUCUGUGUGAUUUGCAGGGAGCGUCGGCCACAUUAAGUGCAAUCCCAAACCAAUUAGCCGGGAGUGGAGGUGGGUUUUAAAACCCUCCAACAGCGAGUUUGCAUUAAUGUUGAUUUAUGGAUGUGUGUUCCACAUGCAGCAUGCUCCAUGGAAAUUUUUGUUCUAUGCAAAUACCCAAAUAUUCAAGCAGGGAACGAAAUAUUCACCGUGUCAAU